AUGGUUCAUGAACUUCACGUCACUAAACUCGCAGGAUCAGGGUACUUUGCGAGACUAGCGGCCGACAGAGCAGCGGAAGAAUUUAGUGUGAGAGUCGUCAGUCUAGCAGUUGGAAGCCGAUAGCCAGCUUCCAUUUACACAAAAGCAACUCCAGCGAUUGUCCUGCAAGCUGCGGCCGUCAUGAUGAGGUGAUUGCAACUAAUUAGUCACUGCAACUGGUCAUCAGCUUGGACUGGAUGCUGUUUUGGCAUAUGCGUUAUUGUUGUAACGUGCUCAGCAGUAGGAGGUGGAGAGGGUUUGCAGUCUCGUGCCACAGUCAGGUAUGGACACCUGGACACCGAAUCCUCGAGCCAAACCGUUCAUCCCUCGCCAGCAACGGAGCCUCUAUCUCACCUGGAAGUACAAAUUAACUAACAAGCGAGCUCUCCGCCGAGGCUGCCAGGCUGGAGCGGUUCUAUUUCUGCUGGUCACAGUCGUUGUAAAUAUCAAAUUAAUCUUAGACACAAGAAGAGUAGCCAAUGAGGAAGAGGCAGUGCAGGAGUAUGACGACGCCCUGCCCAACAUGGAGACCCCGCGCAAGACGGCGACCGGUAGGAAGGUCCUGGACAUUGAGGUGUACUCCAGCCGCUCCAAAGUCUAUGUGGCAGUGGACGGCACCACUGUGUUGGAGGAUGAAAUGCGGGAGCAGGGCCGAGGCAUUCACGUGAUCGUCCUCAACCAGGCUACAGGCCAUGUGAUGGCCAAGAGGAUAUUUGACACCUACUCUCCCCAUGAGGACGAGGCCAUGAUCCUCUUCCUCAACAUGGUGACGCGUGGCAGGGUCCUCAUUUUCACCAUCAAGGAUGAGGGGACGUUCCACCUGAAGGAGUCUGCUAAAAACCUGCUGAAGGGGCUUGGGAGCCAGGCGGGCCUCAACCUCAGCUGGAGAGACAUGUGGACCUUGGUGGUGAAGAAAGGAGGUCAGUUGUAUGGUGAGAAACACUCCAAGUCCCCAGCCCUGUCCACCUGGGGAGAUCCUGUUCUGCUGAAGACUGAGGUGCAGCUCACUGCUUCUGAAGAUGCAGAGUGCCAUUGGGCUGACACAGAGCUGAACAGGAGGAGAAAACUCUUCUGCAGUAAGGUGGAGGGCUACGGCAGCAUCUGUAGCUGCAAGGACCCGGCCCCCAUUGAGUUCAACCCAGACCCACUCCCCCACAACAAUGUGUUUAAUGUUCCUGUGGCGGUCAUCGCUGGGAACAGACCUAACUAUCUGUACAGGAUGCUGAGGUCUCUGCUCUCGGCCCAGGGGGUCAACCCACAGAUGGUCACAGUCUUCAUCGAUGGAUACUAUGACGAGCCCAUGGAUGUGGUGGAGCUGUUUGGACUGAAGGGGGUUCAACACACUCCCAUCAGCAUCAAGAAUGCCAGAGUAUCACAGCACUACAAAGCCAGUCUCACCGCAACCUUCAACCUACACCCAGAUGCCGACUUUGCCAUAGUCCUGGAGGAAGACCUAGAUAUCUCCAUAGAUUUCUUCAGUUUCCUGAGCCAGACCGUCCAUCUGCUCAACGAGGACGACAGCUUAUACUGCAUCUCGGCCUGGAACGACCAGGGUUAUGAGCACACUGCAGAGGACCCAGCUCUCCUCUACAGAGUGGAGAGUAUGCCAGGCCUGGGCUGGGUGCUGAAGAAGAGUCUCUACAAAGACGAACUGGAGCCCAAGUGGCCCACGCCUGAGAAGCUGUGGGACUGGGACAUGUGGAUGCGUAUGCCAGAACAGAGGAAAGGCAGAGAGUGUAUCAUCCCUGACGUGUCCCGCUCCUACCACUUUGGCAUCAUCGGACUCAACAUGAACGGCUACUUCCACGAAGUGUAUUUCAAGAAGCACAGGCUCAACACGGUUCCUAAUGUCCAGCUGAAGAAUGUUGACGGCUUGAAGAAAGAUGCCUACGAGCUGGAGAUUCAGAACUUACUUAAAGAGGCUGAUGUACUGGACCACAGUAAGAACCCAUGUGAGGACUUGUUCAUCCCUGAUACAGAGGGGAAGACCUAUGUCAUGUACAUCAAGAUGGAGCUGGAGACUGACACAUCCACCUGGACUGAGCUUGCCAAGUGUCUCCACGUGUGGGAUCUGGAUGUGAGAGGGUACCACAACGGCAUGUGGAGGCUCUUCAGGAAGAGGAACCAUGUCCUGGUUGUGGCCGUUCCUAUCUCGCCAUACUCAAUCCCAAUCCAACUUAUUUCCACCGCUAAAAUCUAUAUUUUUUCCUCUGUCUUCACUUUGGUCAGCGUGAAGAAGCCAGUGAACGUUACACCCAUCCACCUAGAGCCUCCGCCCAAAGAAGAGGGAGCUCCCAUGGAGCAGCGUUAGCCCAACACCACCACACACCCUUUCACAAUGCGCUCGACUGGUAUUAUGGUCAUUCUUGAAUUGGCUUGGGGCGUCAGAGAGCCAUUUUCUUUACACUACAACACUCAGAGGGGGGUAUGUGGUGUAGAAGUGAUCCACACUGCCUACUGAGGUCGCUUGAGAAUCUUGAUUCCUGAGGUCAGAUUUGGCGCCAGACCUGUUUCUUUACACUGUAAAAAUAGUCUCUUUUUGAAACCGGUUUCAAAAUAGUGUAAAAGGUGGAGUAGCCCAACACCACCACACACACGCUCUCUCUAGCCUGGCCUUAACGCCUGCACCCUUACCCUACUACCAACACCACCCUCCUGGCCUUACCACAGACGGCAAGGCUUCUUGGAAGUGGUGUUUUUAUGGUGGUGGUCAGACACUGACUGGACUGCACCACUGAUCAUCAUUGGUCUUUCACUGUGUGGAGGUUCACUAGAAGAAGGUUUUUGACGAAGUGGGAGAUUGACCGUAUUAGGUUGUGCCACAGGAUUCCGUCCAAAUGGUUACGUGUAUAUAGCUAUGCCCCUUACUGACACUCCACCUGUGAAUUCUCGGAGAAGAGGAGAGGGGACAGAGGCUGGACCAGGAACGGAGUACAAAAGGGAUCUGUUAACAUUUACUGCAUCUUUGAUGCGUCUCCUUUACGACGGUUGGAUGAUGUAUGGAAGAAACAAACUGGAUGAAAAGGAGAGGGAGGAUAAUUGACACUCAAAUCUCACCCCCAGCUUUGUGGGGACACACCCGCAUAAAUAAGUGGCUUCCGAUGAAACUUGCCCAACCAGAAAAUAUUUUAUUUUUAUUUUAUUUCUAAGUGCUUUGUCAAUCCUGUAUACAUUUUAACUUAUGUUUAUUUAUUUCACUUGCCUGUAUAUCAACCAACAAGUGGUUGAAAUGUUUUAUUUUUAAUCUGAUUUUUAUUAAUAUCACAUUUUUACUUUAAUUUUUACUUUUAUUUUUAGGCCUAACGUUUACAGAUCUGAUAUACUAAUGUACAGUUGAAGUCAGAAGUUUACAUACACCUUAGCCAAAUACAUUUAAACUCCGUUUUUUCACAAUUCCUGACAUUUAAUCAGAGUAAAAAUUCCCUUGUUGUUUCAGGUAGCCUUCCACAAGCUUCCCACAAUAAGUUGGGUGAAUUUUGACCCAUUCCUCCUGACUGGUUUGUUGGCCUCCUUGCUCACACAUGCUUUUUUCAGUUCUGCCCACAAAUCUUCUAUGGGAUAGAGGUCAGGGCUUUAUGAUGGCCACUCCAAUACCUUGACUUUGAUGUUCUUAAGCAAUUUCGCCAUAACUUUGGAAGUAUGCUUGGGGUCAUUGUCCAUUUGGAAGACCCAUUUGCGACCAAGCUUUAACGUCUUGAGAUGUUGCUUCAAUAUAUCCACAAUUUUCCUACCUCAUGAUGCCAUCUAUUUUGUGAAGUGCACCAGUCCCUCCUGCAGCAAAGCACCCACACAACAUGAUGAUGCCACCACUGUGCUUCACGGUUGGGAUGGUGUUCUUCGGUUUGCAAGCCUCCAUCUUUGUCCUCCAAACAUAAUAAUGGUCAUUAUGGCCAAGCAGUUCUAUUUUUUUCAUCAGACCAGAGGACAUUUCUCCAAAAAGUACGAUCUUUGUCCCCAUGUGCCAUUGUAAACCGCAGUCUGUCUUUUUUAUGGCGGUUUUGGAGCAGUGGCUUCUUCCUUGCGGAGCAGCCUUUCAAGUUAUGUCAAUAUAGGACUUGUUUUUCUGUGGAUAUAGAUACUUUUGUACCUGUUUCCUCCAGCAUCUUCAUAAGGCCCGUUGCACCCUUUGCUGUUGUUCUGGGAUUGAUUUGCACUUUUCGCACCAAAGUACGUUCAUCUCUAGGAGACAAAACGCGUCUCCUUCCUAAGCGGUAUGACGGCGUUGUGGCCCCAUGGUGUUUAUACUUGCGUACUAUUGUUUGUACAGAUGAACGUGGUACCUUCAGGCAAAUCCUUGGAAAUUGCUCCCAUGGAGGAACCGGACUUGUGGAGGUCUACAUUUUUUUUUUUCUGAGGACUUUGCUGAUAUCCUUUGAUUUUCCCAUGAUGUCUAGCAAAGAGGCACUGAGUUUGAAGGUAAGCCUUGAAAUACAUCCACAGGUACACCUCCACUUGACUCCAAUGAUGUCAAUUAGCCUAUCAGAAGCUUCUAAAGCCAUGACAUAAUUUUCUGGAAUUUUCCAAGCUGUUUAAAAGCACAGUCAACUUAGUGUUUGUGAACUUCUGAUCCACUGGAAUUGUGAUACAGUGCACAAUCUGAACGGUGGAAAUAAUCUGUCUGUAAACAAUUGUUGGAAAAAUGACUUGUAUCAUGCACAAAGUAGAUGUCUGAACCGCCAUGCCAAAACUAUAGUUAACAAUACAUUUGUGAAGUGGUUAAAAAACAAGUUUUAAUGACUCCAAUCUAAGUGUAUGUAAACUUCUGACUUCAACUGUACAUAUAUAGAUAGAUACAUCUAUCUGAAUAAAAAAAGCCUCCGCUUAUUUGUAAUUUGUUUCAUUAACCUGUGUUUUAAAGUGCUAGUCGUUGCAGAUUAGGCACAUAAUAUAUGUAAGAUAUGGCACCCCAUUUCCCCAUAUACUGCACUACUUUUGACCAGAGCCCUGUGGGCCCCGGACAAAAGUCGUACACUCUUUAGGGUGCCAUUUGCCACGUAAAGACCAGUGGUUAACAUCAACCCGUGAACACUAAAGUCUGUCUGUGUUUCUGCACAUAUGAUGGUCUCUGCACAGUGUGGUUGAGAGACAUUUCAAGGUACUACUGGUGGAGGCUUUCUGAAAUACUAUCACUUUUUAAAAAUGUUGGAUAUGUUAUCAAUAUCUACUGUAGGGUUGAAUGGUGAUGAAAUUGUUUGUAAAAGUAGGUAUAGUGUAUCAGUUUUUUUUGCAGAGUUUUUUUCGUGUGUGUGUGCUGCAGUGCAUUUCAUCAGUACCAUGCCGAUAUCCUGCAGCUAAAACGAUGGUUUUCAUUUCAGUCACAAUAACCACUUGUUGUUUUUGGUGUGUGUGUGUAUUGUUGUCUAGCUCUACAGUCCUCUAAUUUCAAAGAGAAAUCUAUUAUAAUGGAGGUUUGUCUGUUUGAUAAUGGUCCAUAAACAUUUUUUUUGCAGUUUGACUUACAUGUGAAGUAUUAGUCUCUCAAUGAAAUGAAUAAAUAUGUUUUUUAAAUUCUGGUGCCCAGUUUUUCUUGCAGUGUUUGUAUUAUUGAUUUGGGGGAGUUGCGGUGAAAGAAUGCUUAGGUGUGUGAUUAACAUAAGCAUGUGAAUUUAUAGCAGGCAUAACAUUGAUUUAUUACUUUGGAAUAUUUGUAAUUUUCUCGUUCUUGG